AUGCCGGUCCCUCAGUAUCAAGGAAUGACGGGGCAGCCCCAAAUAUCUUGUUGGCAGAAGAUGAAGCUGGGCUUAGUUAUGGGAUUAUUCGUUGGUGUUUCAUCCGGCGCCAUCUUCGGCACAUUCAGCGCGUUGAGCAUGGGCUUUCGUGGUCGAGCAAUGAUGGCGCAUGUUGGACGAUAUUCCACACGAAUGGGUGGCUCAUUUGCUGUAUUUAUGAUGGUUGCGCAGGGUUUGCGUUGCUAG